ACCUUGGCAUUGACAUGUUUAACGUAGUCCAAGGUGGGCCUCCAGAAAUAAAUGUUACAUCCUCCUCCAGAAAAUAGGUGAUUGUGCCAAGUUUUGCCGCCCUUUCGUCAGUCAACAAUAACCAUCCCAGACCGAUGGUCCACAGAAAAAAUAACUGCAGUUGUGUAAAGUGCCAGUUGAAAGCGAAGUGCAACAUGGCCGACGAAGAGUAUCACGUGUACACUAGGAUGGAAGACAUCACGGAGCAAGACGACAAGCACCUCGCUGGCGCGAAAAAAGAAAUCAGAAAUGAGUUAACAGUUAUUAUACCAGAAAACCCAUUUCCAGAGAUUGAAGUUGACGCAUAUCCACCAUUAAAAUUCUCAUGGGUUAUUCCUAAAAAAUUGGCCGCUAUGGCCUUCCCUAGAAAUAAAGAAAAUUUGAAGUUUUUAACCAACCAGGGUAUAACGCAUUUGGUCACAUUGACAGCGGAUAAAAAGCCACCAGUUGAUGAUAUUCCGAGGUUAAGAUGGACAGAAAUACCCAUAGAAGAGUUUGAAAUUCCCACAACAGAGCAGAUAAAGAAGUUCAUUGACGUUUGUAAAAGGGCAGAUAAAAAUGGCGAGGUGAUCGGCGUCCACUGCCGUCAAGGCCGCAGCCGCAGCGGAGUGAUGCUGGCCAGCUACCUGAUCCACUUCCACCGGUUCCUUCCUGACCAGGCGAUGAACGUCAUCAGGAUGAUCAGGCCUGGAUCCCUGGACUUCCCCGAGCACGAAGAGGCAGUUGGGAAAUACUUCGAGUACUUGACGGAGGACAACCCCCUGAAGUUCGGAGUGAGCGGUGACGUGAUGGAGGAAUUCAUUGAAACUGCCAAGGAGAGCACCAAGAAAGUUGUUUGAUUUACCUUUUAAUAAACCUCUUUUUUAACUUUAAACUUUUUCAUUUGAGCAACUUCGCUUUUUUUAUUACUUUUUGGGGACGCCUGUGCGAGCACCAGACGCGUGAUCAGUCAACCCAUACUAGGACCAUUUCACCUAGUUCCCCGUAACUCCUGAGGGACAGGUUAGCUGGUAACCCUUUAGAU